AUGCCUGGUCUAGUCAACCUUCCGAAAAAACGUCAACAAGAAUUAACCGAGAUGGCCGAUCGCGUGGUUGCCGAGACGCUUUGUGCGUACGAACACUUUAUUGCAAAUAAUCGACAGGUAGACCUUUGUCUAUGGAAGCAUGUCAAGUCCCGUGAAAAGGUUCAUGUGUAUCGCACCCGGCGUUCCGAUUCCAAGCUACAUGACGAUAUGAAUGAAAAACAACCAAGUCGACCACGCUUGUUGUCAAUUAAUACGGUAGAGCAGCAACAACGAGAAGCGAAUGCAGCAGGCCGACCGCACGGGUUCAGCCCUGACGAAGAAGAUGAUGCAACUAUACAAGUCGUAGAAAAUUCUGCUAGCAGUAACUCGCAGCAGUCUGCACUUACACAGAGCUCAUCGAGUGAUUGUGGUUCCUUCUCGUUUUUUCCUGAAGAAAGCGUGCUUGAGAAAGCUAAGCCAACGAGUGUCCCGUUAGUUGUAGCGAUUGGCAUGAUUGACGGAUCUGUGGAAGACGUGGCGUUCGGAUCACUUGCACACACAGAUGAAGCUUGGCUUGAGCGCAACUUUUACGUGAAAAACGACGGCUUUGAUGUUCGUAAAGUGUUGGCGUCAUUCCAGCUACCGAGUGAAGAAGAUCCAUUUCGAUACGUCGGCAUCAAGUGGGCCACCCGUGAACUCGUCGCCUUUGCCUCUCGACGCGAUAUUUUGUUUAUGGAGUCAUCGGGUAUCGCGUUGGACUCGGAUGGCGAGCGAGUAUAUUACACUCUUGCUCACUCGAUCGAGCUGGACGAAUGCCCGUUACCCUCCGAUCGGCUCGACAUCGUUCGUAUAAAUAUGUCAUGCUGCUACAUCAUGCGCCAGACUUCCGAUACGCAGAUCGAAGUGUACGCUCGAGGAUAUGCUGACAUGGGCGGUAACUUGCCAGCAAUUUUUGGAAUGAGCGUGUUCGCACAGGGUGUUGUCGAUGUCGUGGGCAUUGUCGAAGCCUCAUAUCUUAAAAAACUUGCGUGGCAGAUAUCUCGCUACCGUUCGAGUGACAAUCUACCCCAACAGAACAAGGAGUGUUGUGUGUGCGGCAAAAGCAUUAAAAGACUCGGCAGCCUUAUAGUGAGAGGAGGCAGUUGUGCAAUAUGCCGGCACAUGAUCUGCCAGAAGUGCAGCGUGGAAAAGAAGCUGGUUUUGGACGCCAAAGAAGACUUCCAACAUCAAUUCACAUUCUGCGUCUCGUGUGUGAUUGAGUCCCGAAAGAUGUCGGCUUGGGACGUCGCUAUUGCGCAGCUUAAGACCAAGCAAAAGAAGUAA